UUUUGUCAUAUGACACUGAUGUGCGAACUGAUCCCACUGCGGGCGAGCUUCACUGACGUCCUCUGAGAAAAACAAAGGCUACUCGACCACUUGUCGGGGAUGAGAUGCUGUAGCCCGACAUUAUUUGGUGAUAGUACUCGAUAAUAUCUGGAGGAUGGACUGCCGGGGAGUUCUGCCUGCGAUAUGCGCCGCUUAUUUCAUAGGCAUGGUGCUGAGCCAGACCACACUCACUCCUGCUGUGAUGAACACGACUCUCAUCGAGAAUGUGACCAGUCUGACUCCAACUCCCAUGAUUAUCAGCAGCACAACCCCAGGCUGCUUUGCAUUCAACACUUCUACUUGUGAGCCCUGUGCACCAGGAUCACAAUACGACAACAACACCCUGCUGUGUGCAUGCUGUUCUGCCCCCGGGCUGUGUCUAUUUCCUGGAGCCUGCCUGCCAUGCACUAGAGGUUUCUAUCAGCCACUAGCUGGACAGCAGCAGUGUCUGCCCUGCAACCGUGGCUUCUACACAAAUUUCACUGGAAGUCCAUUAUGUCACCCCUGCCCUCCUGGAUCCUUCAACAAUAACACUGGUGGAGACAGUUGUACAAGUUGUUCACCAGGUUUCUUUUCAUCGCAGCAGAGUUCCACUUCAUGUUCACCCUGCGCACAAGGAAGUUUUUGCAACUCCUCUGGUUGUCCCCGGUGCCAGAUGUGUCCUGGGGGAACAGAAGCUUUACAGACUGCUGCUAAAGACUGCACACCAUGUCGGCCAGGCAUGCACAAGGCUCCCCAUCAGACUAUGUGUCAAAUCUGUGGCAGUGGCUUCUUCCAGAUCCACUGGGGCCAGGAAGGUUGUGAUGUCUGCCCAGAGAAUCACUACUGCCCCAGUCCAGACGUGAACCCCAUUCAGUGUCCCAGCGAUGCAUUUUGUCCGGAGGGCAGUUUGGCUCCAGGCUACUGCAUGGAGACUUUCUUCCGCAAAGCGGGGGACACUUGUGAAUUGGCUCCUGUCACUAUUGCUCUUUUAGUUAUUGGAGGAGGGGUGGCCCUACUGUUCAUCAUUUUAAUGGUACUACGUCAACGGAGAGACACUGGUGGAGAGCUGACUGUAGCCCGAGCUCCAUUAUUAGGCAAAGAGCGACCUCAAGGUCGAUACUAUGCUAUCCCCUGUGAUGCAGAACCUGUAUAUGCUGGCUGGUGAACCAAAGGACCUCAGCUUAGUGUUCCUACAGUAAGUGCUUGGUAGGACAAAAUCAACUUAAGUCUUAUCUCCAUAAGAUAAGACUUGAGUACCAACUAAAGACAAAAGAACUGAUAAAAGAAGACUGAUGGUAGAAUCCUGGACUGGUGCCUUAAGAGUAUCCACCAGCUUUUUUUAUGUGGUACAUUUUAAUAUAUUGUUGAGAAACAGAAGUUGACUCUUGUGUAUUCUUGUAGUUUGACACUGUUACAGUUGUUGCACUCAGAGAUGAACACUUUCCUUUCGUAAGCUAGUAUAUUGGAUUAUGAGAGGUAUGCUGGAACGGUGAAAACGACCUCGACUGGGUGGGAACCUCUCUCUCUUAUGAAAAGCACUUUUUUUACAGAGGUAAUUGAUUUACUUUGCACUCGUGUUGGUAGACUUGUGGAUGCCUCCAUUAACUCUUGCAGUUCCACAGUUAUAGAGAGGUUUAAAUUGUGUGGUACCUUGUGUUUUUUAAUGCAUUUGAUUAUGGUACAUUGUGUUGUCUGUAGUUUCAUUGAUACCUUUGCUUAAUGUUUUUCAUCUGCUUUUUUAAGGUUAUAUGUGUACGUUUUAAAUGAAAAUAAAUAAAAAUGAUUAACUUGA